UUUUGGGGCAAAUCUUCCUAAACUAAAGAUAGCGAUGGCGGCUUCACUUGUAGACUACACCCGGAAGCAGACGUUGGGCCGCCCGGGGAGAGUUGAGAGGUCAGCGGUUGCCCACGUUGGGAGUUAGCGGUGAUUGAUAAACUGUUCAGUAGAUACUGCACGAUUGAUAUACCAUUUAUAUUGACGACGAGCAGAACUGGGAUACAGACGAACUAAGACUGAGCGGACAUGGCAGGGAUCCUGUUUGAGGAUAUCUUCGACGUGAAGGACAUCGACCCAGAUGGGAUGAAGUUUGAGAGAGUUUCGCGGCUGCACUGUGAAAGCGAAUCCUUCAAGAUGGACCUGAUCCUCGACAUCAACAUCCAGAUCUACCCCGUCGACUUGGGUGACAAGUUCCGCCUGGUGAUUGCUAGUACCCUUUACGAGGACGGCACCCCUGAUGAUGGGGAAUACAACCCCACUGAUGACCGGCCCUCAAGGGCGGACCAGUUUGACUACGUGAUGUAUGGGAAGGUGUAUAAGAUCGAAGGGGACGAGACCUCGACAGAAGCUGCAACACGCCUCUCUGCCUAUGUCUCCUAUGGGGGUCUCCUGAUGCGACUGCAGGGCGAUGCCAACAACCUGCAUGGGUUCGAGGUGGACUCCCGAGUCUACCUGCUCAUGAAGAAACUGGCCUUCUAGAGACUGGCAGUCCCUGCGCGGCCCUGGGUUCAAUCAGAGACACACUAGCUCUCUCUCACACACACAAUAUCUUCGCAUGGGGGUGAAGAGAGUGUCUGGGCAGGACCUUUCUUCACACAAGACCUCCUGGAAAUGAAACAGAACUGACUAAUAGAGGGACGAGGUGAAGCUUUCCGAACAGCUGCCUGGACCCCCUCCGCUCCACCGUCCCCUGAUGUUUCUAGGUUGUAUGCUGCCACUGAGGUGUAAAUAAAAAGACAACUUUUUAAGUA